AAGGGCGUGUGCGGCGGCCGCCAUUUUGCGGGAAGUGGAGACGCGGUGCACCGUGACUCUUUUUCCUAUUCCAGCGGUAUCGCGGCUCCCUAUCGCCUCCCACCUCUGAGCCUUGUUUAUCCCACAGACUUUUCCUGUUGUGCUCUGAUUCCAGGACCUUCACGACUAGGCCAUUUAAUCUGCCUGAUGUCUUUUUGACCUCUAACUCAAAGGUCAGCUGGAAGGUUCCGAACUCGGGCCUGGGAUGUGAGGAGGGACAGAGCCUAAAAUUCUACUUAGUCUUUAACCCUGGGCCUCUAAAACCCACCCUUUAGGCGCCUCACCCCAGGUAUGAGCCUUCAUAUUCCAAAAUUGACCCCCAAGUUUCUAAGUCUAGCCCUGUAUAAUAAAUGAAUUCCUACUAAAUCUUCAGCCUUGCAACCCAACUGCGUAACACAAAUUUGAUUUCUGGUCCUGUUUAAAGGGCCCCGCCCUGUUAAUCUUCAGAUCUUUCCUGAUUUAAGUCAGCGCCAAUCCCUGCUUCCAUGGUUCCAAAUUUUAACCCUGGUUCCUUCAAUACCACUGCUCAGCCCCCCAGUUCCAGGACUGCACUCUAAAACCUUCAGAAUCUCCAUCCCUGAGACCACCAAUUUUGGAGAAUCCUUCACUCUCCCUUCCAGCCAUACCUUAGACCCCAAAAUGAUUUCUCCAUGUUUUCCUCCAGUAGAGACCCCAGUCCCUCCAAGACCUCUUGCAUCCCAGGCCCCUAUCAUUCCACCUCCUCCCCCACCUCCGCAUUCCCCCAAUUUAGCCUUUCCACCCUCUCCCUCAAGUCUCCAGGCCCCUAUUCCCCCACCACCCCCACUGCCACCUCCAUCCUUUGCCACGGGGGCUGCUCCCCCUCAUGUCUUCGGCCUGGAGAAGAGCCACCUUCUGAAAAAGGCCUUGGAGAAGGCCGGCCCAGUCCCCGGGAGCAGAGAGGACGUGAAGAGGCUCCUGAAGCUGCACAAGGACCGUUUCAGAAGUGACCUGCAGUGGAUCCUCUUCUGUGCCGACCUGCCCUCCUUCAUCCAAGAAGGCCCUCAGUGCGGACUGGUGGCCCUGUGGAUGGCAGGCACUCUCCUGGCGCCCCUCAGCGGCAUCCCCCUGGAGAGACUCAUGCAGAUGGCCGUGGAGAGAGGCUACUCGGCCCAGGGAGAGAUGUUCUCAGUGACCGACAUGGGGAGGCUGGCCCAGGAGGCACUGGGAUGCCAGGCAGAGCUGCUGUGUGGCGGCCUGGGUGGUCCCAACAGAGACCGUGUGCUGCAGCACCUUGUCGCUGGACACCCCUUGCUCGUCCCCUACGAUGAGGAUUUCAACCACGAGCCGUGUCAGAAGAAGGGCCACAAGGCCCACUGGGCAGUGAGCACAGGAGUCCUGCUGGGUGUACAGAGUGUGCCACGCUCUGGUUAUGCGGAGGACCCCGAGCUGCCAGGCCUGUUCCACCCCAUGCCCGGCAUGCCCUGCCAGCCACCAGCCUUGCCGGACGAAGGCUCAGCAGGAGCCGUCUACCUUCUCUCCAAGCAGGGCAAGAGUUGGCACUACCAGCUGUGGGACUACAACCAAGUUCGGGAUAGCAACCUGCAGCUGACGGACUUCUCACCUUCACGGGCCGCCGAUGGCCGGGAGUAUGUGGUGCCUGCUGGUGGGGUGCGGGCUGGCCUCUGUGGCCAGGCCCUGCUCCUCAGACCAUAGGAUUCCAGCCACUAGUCUGCUGCGGCCCUGAGCCAGGGUGACAGGGCCCAGACCCCAGCUUCUCCCUUUGUGCGAGAGCCCGAGGGCUUGGGCUGGAUCUCCUGAGGACUUCCAGUCAGUCAUCCUCCGUGCAGGGUCCCCUCCAAUCCAUCUAGUCUCAAGCCUGGGCAUCAUCCCAACUCCCCCACCCUCAAGCCCAUCCCCUUAGUAUUGAGCACCUACUGGGUGGGCUGGGUUUAGAGCCUGACAGAUAAGCUACUCUCCCAGGGGAAAGACUGACAACAGCUCAGACCCCAUGUCCUGUCCACCCCACCGGAAUGUUGCAUCCAUCUGUUUCUCACUGGUGAUCACCCUCUUCUAAACCAUCGUCAUCUCUCUGGACAUCUGCCAGCACCUCCGCACUGGGCCCCCUGGUUGCUCCCGUUUCUGUUCACAUGGGGCCAGGGCUGAGGGAGGGGGGAAAAAAAAUCUGGUCUCCCCACAACCCUCCAGAGAAGCUUCUAGCAGCUCCUGUUGCUCACAGGGUAGGGACUAAAGUCUCCCAGCCCGGCUCACCUGUCCUUACCCCAGGCCGUGCUUUCUCACCCCUUCUGCCACCAGCUGUACUGCUUUCAGGUCCCUAGUGCACCCCACUGCAGCCCUCUGCUAAGCGUAACUCCCUAACCUCUCCAGUGUGGGGGAGGAAGAAACUCUCCCCUCCAGGUUCUUUUGCCUGGUCUAAUAAUUAAAUUUACAUGAGACAGAAUGAGAAAAUGACCAAAUUUAAUACAUAUGUACACAUGGGAAUCCCACAUACAUGAGAAAGUCUAGAGACCCCGUGUGAGAAAUGCCAAGACAGGAGAAAUGAGGUAUAUAUGCCAUUCUGAGCUAGGAUCACCUUGGGGCUUCAGAUGCAGGAAGGUCAUUGCAGAAGGAUAAGAGCAGAUGUUCAAAGAGAAGUUUGCCCUGCCCUAUAGGUAGGUCCAAAAGUUUACCUCUGAUAACUUUUUUGUUACUAUUACUAUGCAAAACAACAUCUGAAUCUUAUUAUGGGCAAGUCCCCUAAUUUCAGUUCUAGGUAGUUAAAGGAGGGUGGGUCAGAGCUUUCUCCUGAGCCCACAGAAUCUUGGCUGCCUUUAGCUCAAAAUCUGCAUACCACAAAGGCACAUCUUGGGGUGACUCGUUCUGAACCCCUACACCAGUUUGGCUCAUCACUUCCUCAGGGAAGGUUCCCGUAGCCAGGGCUAGGCCCCUCCCCAUGUUCUAAUUUAAAAACAAAAAGGAAGUACUUCUGAGCAGUUAAAUGUGCCAGCCCUUUUACCCCCAGUUAACUCAUCAAAUUCUGCAAUCCUAUAAGGAAGAUACUAGAUCCCCAUUUUACAGAUGAAGAGACCUGAGUCUUGGAGGAGUGCAGUCACUGGCCUAAAGUCACAUGUCCUGGCACGUGGCAGGGCCAGGAUUCAAACCAGGCAGGUAGCUACGCAGACAUAGGUAUGUGAACUUCAAGCGAUUACGUAGACUUCGAGAUCUGAAAGGGGUCUGUCUUGGUCACUGCUGUGUCCAGCGCCCAGAGAAGGGACUAAAGACUGUACAGUGUACUGUUUCUAACCAGAAGUGAGGAAUUCCCGAUCCCUCCGCCUGUGCCUCCCUAGCUCGGCUCUGACUCUGGUGCACUGUCCUGGCAGCUCCUGACGGCAGGGUUUGGCGCUAUCUUGGUCACCGCUGUGUCCCCUGCCUUGUCCAGCACAGAGCCACACACGAGGAGCAAUUCAGUGAGCACUCUGAGCCUGCAUCUCAACCCCAAACUGGUCACUGUCCCGUUACCCCACCCCAAGCUAAUGCUCAGAUUAAGAGUUUUGAGCCCACACACCCAGAUGCAAAAGAAAAAUU